AGCAAUUCUGGCGUGACUCCCCCCGCAACUUUUAUUUUAAUUUUUCUCCUAUAAGUAUUAUUAACAUUUCUUUCUCUUUUCAGUCUUCCACUUUAACUCAUUACUUCGCCGGAAACAAUGGCUUUCACUCCAUUGUUCUCUCUCCUCUCCGUCAUCACUCUCUCUCUCCUCAUCACCACCGAUGCUUCCUCUCGCUCUCUACUACCUUCACACGAAACCACCGUCCUCGACGUUGUCUCAUCUCUCCAGCAAACCCAACACAUCCUCUCACUCGACCCGACCCUUACCUCACUCACCACCACCACCUCCAUACCCGGAUCCGACCCGGUUUUCCUCAACUCAUCUUCCCCACUAUCUCUCGAGCUUCACUCCCGCGACACUCUCGUCGCAUCACAGCACAAGGACUACAAAAGCCUAGUACUGAGCCGACUCGAGCGAGACUCAUCCCGAGUCGCCGGAAUCACCGCCAAGAUCCGAUUCGCCGUCGAGGGCAUCGACAGAUCCGAUCUCAAACCCGUUUACAACGACGAGACCUCAUACCAACCCGAGGAUCUAACGACCCCCGUCGUCUCCGGAGCUAGCCAAGGAAGCGGCGAGUAUUUCUCCCGCAUCGGAGUCGGAACUCCGGCGAAGGAGAUGUUCAUGGUGCUCGACACCGGAAGCGACAUAAACUGGAUCCAGUGCCAGCCUUGCUCCGACUGCUACCAACAAUCCGACCCGGUUUUCGACCCGGCUUCGUCCUCCACGUUCAAGUCUCUCUCUUGCUCGGCCCCACAGUGCGGUUCUCUAGAAGUCUCCGCUUGUCGCUCGGACAAGUGUCUCUACCAAGUUAGUUACGGAGACGGAUCUUUCACCGUUGGAGAUUACGCUACCGAUACGGUGACGUUUGGAACCAACGGUAAAGUAAACGACGUCGCUUUGGGGUGUGGUCACGAUAACGAAGGCCUCUUCACUGGAGCAGCCGGUUUACUCGGUUUAGGAGGUGGAGCUUUGUCUAUGACUAAUCAGAUCAAAGCGACGUCGUUCUCCUACUGCCUCGUUGAUCGUGACUCGGGGAAGUCCUCGAGCCUCGACUUCAACUCGGUCCAAGCCGGAACCGGAGACGCGACGGCUCCGCUCCUCCGCAACAGCAAGAUCGACACUUUCUACUACGUCGGGCUCAGCGGGUUCAGCGUCGGCGGUCAGCAAGUCUCCAUCCCUUCGUCGGUGUUCGCCGUCGACGCUUCGGGAGCCGGAGGAGUGAUCUUGGACUGCGGAACCGCCGUGACUCGUCUCCAGACUCAGGCCUACAACUCGCUGCGCGACGCGUUCGUUAAACUCACCGCGAAUCUCAAGAAGGGGACGUCGAGCAUCUCGCUCUUCGACACUUGCUACGACUUCUCGUCUCUCUCCACCGUGAAAGUCCCGACGGUGGCGUUUCAUUUCACCGGUGGUAAGUCGAUUGAUUUGCCGGCGAAGAAUUACUUGAUCCCUGUGGAUGACGCCGGAACGUUCUGCUUUGCUUUUGCUCCGACGUCGUCGUCGUUGUCGAUCAUCGGGAACGUGCAGCAGCAAGGGACACGUAUCACUUACGAUCUGGCGAAUAAUCUUAUCGGAUUGUCAGCGAAUCAAUGCUAAAAGCAGUGGAUGAUGAUGAUUAAUAGGUUUUACAGUUCUAUCAGUAAAACUCUUAUUAGUUCUUGUUUCUUUAAUAUGGAUUACAAAAUCUUAAGUGUGAAUGUUUCCUUUAUCUUUUUUUUUAAUUAAUCAGUAGUUAUUUUCGGCUAUUUAUCGAUUAAUAAAUAGGAUUUAGUUAUUAUAAGUUUGAAAAUGCUGUCUGAGGGAGAAGCUUUUAGUUAUUGUUUGAUAGUUUCUUGUCUUUGUGAGAAAGAGCAUGUCAAUUAGUUAAGUUUAUAUAAAAGCAGGGUCUUAUUGUAACAAAAAAAAAGUCUUUAAAACACUUUUGUUGUGGCCCCUAUCUUUUAGUAUAUUUUAAACUGUUGUCUGAAUCUA